UUAGCCGCCGCCGGUAAAACACUUAAACGACCGAUUGACUUUUCUCCUUUCACAUUUUCAGACAAAAUCUAAAACCCUAAUCCAUCAAAAACCCCUCUCAAAGUUUCAAUCAAAAAAUCAAAUCACAAGAAAAAAAAUGGCAGGCGGCAGAUUCCGUGAACUUUUAAAGAAAUACGGAAAAGUCGCACUCGGCGUCCAUUUCUCAGUCUCAGCCGCCAGCAUCGCCGGUCUAUACGUCGCCAUCAAGAACAACGUGGACGUUGAAUCAGCUUUAGAAAAGGUUCGAUUUAAACAACUUGAAUCUGUUCUUGAUAAAGUAGGUAUGGCUGGCCCUAAAGAUAAUGAUAUUAAUAAUAAUAAUAAUAAUGAAAUAAAAGUGAAUGAGCCACCAAAAGAAAGAAACCGAACAGCCGAGCUAGCCGCUUCAAGCGGCGGCGCGUUGGCGCUUGCUGUUUUGUGUAAUAAGGCUUUGUUUCCGGUUCGUGUGCCGAUUACGAUUGCUCUUACUCCUCCUAUUGCUAGGUUUUUGGCUAGGCGACAGAUUAUUAAAACCUCUGUAUGAUUAUGUUUUUUUUUUUUUGGUUCUUAUAAUAAUUUACUUAUGUUAUGAUGGUAAUGAUGAUAAUAUCAUAAUAAUAAUGGUUAUUGGAAAGAGUUGUUAGUGAA